AAUUGUUUUAUCUAGUUCAUGUAUCAGCAUUUCUUUUAACUGUGUCAAGAGUGACUUACUAACAUGGACUAGUGAACUUUGUGCCAUCAUGUCGAACGCGGAAGCGAGCCCGUUCAACCGCAGCUCCAGGACUGCCAGGAGCCCCCCUCCUGCCUCCCCCUGCACGAGGGACCAUCAGCAUCAUGAAGAAAAACCCGCACCGCCAGUGAUAGAAGUUAUUUCGACCCUGAGAUUCAAAAAUGGAUGGCCCAUAUAGAAAGUUGUCUAAAUGAGGUCUGCAUUAUCUCUACUGAAGGAAAACUUAAUUCGGACCAGAAGUUACGAAUAGCCACCCUAUGCCGUAAGAUUGGUGCUGGGACCUCACAAAUGGCUGUGCAAUAUCAAUCAGUGAAGCAGCACGCGAUCUCAGCCCAGGAGAAGAUAGAGCAUCUUUAUGAACAAGGAGGUGUACGAAAGUGUCUCGAAGCCCUCAACACUUCAAUCCAAGACGUGUGCAAGAAGCAGCCGAUUUCAACAAGCAGCCAGCCUUCCUUUGCGGAUGUUAUCAAAAAGGGUAACAACCAGGUCAUUAGACCUUCAAACUCCAGCUCUAUAGCCAUUUUCCCAGCUAAUAAAGAAAAAAGUAGUGAAGAUACCAAAAACUUAGUCCAAAAAAUAAUCAGCCCUGAAGAACUAAAACUGCACGUGAGUAGCGUAAGAAAAACAAAGCACGGCGGUGUCAUUAUAAGCACUGAAAGAAAGGAAGACAUCCAGAAACUGAAGCAAUGCGAAAAGUUCAACUCUUCUGGCCUAACUAUCUCAGAGGUCAGCAAACGGAAACCAAGAAUUGUUAUUAUUGAUGUCCCCAAUAACUUAAGUAAUAAUCAAGUAAUAGAUUACUUAUAUGAACAGAAUAUAGCUGACCAUUUCCCAAACUCAGAACGAGAGUCCAUAGUAAGCAAUAUUAAACUAAGUCAUCUCUCAGGAAAGAAAGGAGGCCUAUAUUCUAACUAUAUUUUGGAAGUCCCAGCUGACGUAAGGAAACUACUGAUAUCACAGCGUCGAGUAUAUCUUCACUGGUCAUCAUGCCCCGUUAGAGACUACACAUAUGUCUCGAGGUGCUUCAAGUGCCAGCAAUAUGGCCACUCAGCCAAAUUUUGCCGAGAGCCCGAGUCAACUUGUGGUCACUGCGGACAAGUCGGCCAUACCAUCAAAGAGUGCCCCCAGACAACUGAGCCCCCAGUAUGUGCGACGUGCCUCCGCUUCAAAAAACCUAGUGACCAUAAAACCGGCGAGGAAGCCUGUCCAGCUAGGAAAUUUGCCGAAUUGAAGAUGAUCAACUCUACUGAUUAUGAGGUCCCUACGAGUGGUCUAAUUUAAAAUAGCCUAGUAAUAGGUAAUUUACCUACGUAAUUAUUAUGUAUGACACUGUUUUAUUAAUCUUAAUGCUGACAACUCUUUUCACAUGCUGACAUAAAAACCUUGCUGACUAGU